UUCAAAGGGAAGAAGAUGAGGGUCCUAUCCUUUGCACCUUCUGCUUGUGCUUUCUGCUCACCAAGAAACGCGGUCACAGCUCGUCCCAGCUCUCAAGUCUCGAUUCCCAUUCACCACCCAUUCGUUCCCGAGGCUUGAGUUCGGGGCCUAACUCAAGCUAAUAUCUGUAAACUUAAGCUUUAAUAGUAGAGCUGAGUCGGUUCAAGCUCGAGGUUGGUAGAUCGUGCCCUGCGGUGAGUAUUGGGCCUUCACAUUUUACGGCGAGUUGAGUUCGAGUAUUAAGCUUUGUCGGUUUAAACUCAACUUUGAUUGCAUUGCUGUAAAGCACUGCACUUACGUCUUGUUGACCUCAGGCGGUUAAAUUGAACUGACUUGUCAGAUUCUAGAGGAGGCUGAAAACCAAGUUGGGAACUAAGCAAAAAAUGCAUUGUAUUACACUGAGAGGUUUCAAAAGCAGUGGAUUCAUUGUACUCCGAGUUCAGAUCUGUAGAUGUGAUGGUGGCGAAGAACACAGCCCGUGUACUUAAAGCUUUUCAGAAUGGUCGAAUUGGAUCCCAUGUAAGGAAGCAUAUGCUUUUGUUAGCUCCAGAUGCUAAGUUUGAGCACUUUGGCGGAUGCACUGGAUAUGGUCAUGAAGAAGCAGGUGGACGUGAAGCACUUGACCAGGCUUUUGCAGACAUCUUUGGGGCUGAAUCAGCAAUAGUACGCUCUCAGUUCUUCUCAGGCACUCAUGCUAUAACGUGUGCUCUCUUUGCCAUUCUGAGGCCAGGGGAUGAGCUUUUGGCAGUUGCUGGGGCUCCCUAUGAUACUCUACAGGAAGUUAUUGGCACGAGGGAUUCUCACGGGCUGGGUUCGUUGAAAGAUUUUGGAGUGAAGUACCGGGAAGUGCCACUUGCUGAGGAGGGUGGACUUGACUGGAAUUCGCUUUCCAGAGCUGUGGAAUCUCAUACAAAAUGUGCACUGAUACAAAGGUCUUGUGGUUAUUCAUGGCGUAGGAGCUUAAGUGUCAAGGACAUAGGCAGGGCAAUAAAGAUGAUAAAGGACCAAAAUCCUAACUGCUUGGUGAUGGUGGAUAAUUGCUAUGGUGAAUUCGUUGAAGGAAUUGAACCUCCAAUGGUGGGUGCCGAUUUGAUUGCUGGAAGUUUAAUAAAAAACCCGGGGGGAACCAUUGCACCAUGUGGUGGAUAUGUUGCUGGCAGAAACAAAUUGGUAAUGGCUGCAGCUGCUCGUCUCUCUGCACCCGGGCUUGGAGUUGAUUGUGGGUCAACCCCUGGCGAUAUUAUGCGUGCAUUUUUCCAGGGAUUGUACCUUUCGCCUCAAAUGGUUGGUGAGGCAGUCAAGGGAACUUAUCUUGUAGCUGAAGUUAUGGCAUCAAGAGGUUAUCAAGUGCAGCCACUUCCUCGUGCCCCUCGCCAUGAUGUUGUACAGGCAGUGCAGCUUGGUACUCAGGAACGACUUCUUGCUUUCUGUGAAGCUGUCCAGAGAAGCUCUCCGGUAGCUUCAUUCACUAAACCUGUGGCAGGAAUGACUCCGGGCUACGCUUCUGAGGUGAUCUUUGCUGAUGGAACAUUCAUUGAUGGGAGCACGAGUGAACUUUCUUGUGAUGGACCACUAAGAGAGCCAUUUGCUGUAUUUUGCCAGGGAGGCACGCACUGGACCCAAUGGGCUCUAGUUUUGGGAGAGAUUCUGAAAUCCAUAUAACCUCGAGACCGGGCCACAGGGAGCCGAAAGAGUUUCGCAUGAUACUUUCAUAUUGACAAUUUUGCCAUGAAGUCGCAGAGGAAGUUCCAUAGUAAAGGGUGCAGGUUUUGGCUUGGGUCGAGAUGUAACUUGAGUACUGAGGAGAAGGGGGGUAACUCAGUGAGGUGACAUUGAACUCUUUGGAUUUUCUUCCCCUCUUCCUAUUGGAUUCCGCUGCGAUCAAAGUUGUUUAAUAUCGCAAAGGCAGUGGUUAGAAUGGAUGAUCUUGAGAAUUGAUACUCGGCCCAUGUUGCUGUCUUACAUCUCAUGUUAAGAGGUUUUCUUGCUUCACUGCGGGGACCGUCGAGGGCAUGGAGAUAUAUGUGGAGUGUUUCGCAUGCUUAAUGGAGACCCAGAUGCUGAAAUUAUAUGAUCUUUUUCUCGAUUGGAAGACAUUGGUUAUGGUCUUGUCAUUCCAAAUGAGAUAUCAUAUGAAAAUGGGAGAGGUUACAAAAAUA